AUGGAACCCCUCGACAAGACAGAACAAACUGCCUUAUCGCUGCUGCUUCAAAACGCCAUAACCAGGUUCAAAGUGCUGAACCUUAACGCACGCCGCGAUGACCUGUUGGACCCGUCCGAAUCGUACUCCAUCGGCGAAGUUCUGCUCCAGCACGUGGACUUCUUGGACGCCGUCCAAUACCUCACGGUGGACGAACCGGACCCGGCGCUGCUGCGCCGGUUGAGCAAGCUGGACUCGCGCCAGGGCCAGGACAAUCCGUACAGCUAUUGGCACUUUUCGAAGCUGCUGAUCGACGUGCGAUCGCUGGAGAAGCAGCUGGAGGUGCUGCGGGAGGUUUUCAACGAUUUGAAUGAGGAGUUUCAUGGGAGAAGACAGUUGGAGAUUGGUAGGAAUCGGUUUGUUGGCAAGUGGGAACCUGCUAGAAGGGAGCAGUUGGUGAAGGCGAUGGAGAUUCGUGAGUUGGAGUUUCGGAAGGAGACUGAGGUGCUGGAGCGUUACGUUGGGAGUGGGAUGGAUGCUGCGAGGAAGAUCGACGACCAUUACAGCUGGCAGUUGGCGAAGGUCGAGACGGACAUCAACGAUUGGAUGGAACGGUUUGACCGGGAAAAGGACGAUAUUGAUUCGAGACUGCAGAAGGCACGUGCCAAGCAGAGACAGUGGGAUGAGAUGAAGGGGGAGGUUGAGCGUAGAAAGGAGGAAGUGGCUCAGCUGGAGGUUAGGGAGCGUACGUUGAGCGAGGAAGCGGAACAUCGGCGGAUGUGCGAAAAAUUUGCGGUGAGGAUUCAGGCUUGGUGGCGUGGGGUUAUGGUUCGGAAGGGAUUUGGUAAGGGAAAGAAAAAGAAGGGUAAGAAGGGAGCGAAGAAAGGAGCGAAGAAGGGGAAAGCCAAGAAGUCGAAGAAAUGAUGUAUUUGA